UCCUCCCCAGCUGAUCCAGCAGUACGAGAGUUACUUGCAAGGACUUCCCGGGGCCGGCUGAUCCCCGGUGCCUACAAGUUCGACGCGCUGAUCACCACUUUCGAGAUGAUCCUGUCGGACUGCCCUGAGCUGCGGGAGAUCGAGUGGCGCUGUGUCAUCAUCGACGAGGCCCACCGGCUCAAGAACCGCAACUGCAAGCUGCUGGACAGCCUCAAGCACAUGGACCUGGAGCACAAGGUGCUACUGACGGGCACCCCGCUGCAGAACACGGUGGAGGAGCUGUUCAGCCUGCUGCACUUCCUGGAGCCCUCGCAGUUCCCCUCCGAGGCCGAGUUCCUAAAGGACUUCGGGGACCUCAAGACGGAGGAGCAGGUGCAGAAGCUCCAGGCCAUCCUGAAACCCAUGAUGUUGCGGCGGCUGAAGGAGGAUGUAGAGAAGAACCUGGCGCCCAAGCAAGAGACCAUCAUCGAGGUGGAGCUGACCAACAUCCAGAAGAAAUACUACCGGGCCAUCCUGGAGAAGAAUUUCUCCUUCCUGUCCAAGGGAGCGGGGCACACCAAUAUGCCCAACCUGCUCAACACCAUGAUGGAGCUGCGCAAGUGCUGCAACCACCCCUAUCUCAUCAACGGCGCGGAGGAGAAGAUCCUGGCUGAGUUCCGGGACUCCUGCCCGCACUACGUGCCCCACGACCUGCACCUCCAGGCCAUGGUGCGCUCGGCUGGCAAGCUGGUGCUCAUUGACAAGUUGCUGCCCAAGCUCAAGGCAGGCGGCCACAAGGUGCUGAUCUUCUCACAGAUGGUGCGCUGCCUCGACAUCUUGGAGGACUACCUCAUCCAGAGGCGGUACCUGUACGAGCGGAUUGACGGACGGGUGCGGGGGAACCUGCGGCAGGCCGCCAUCGACCGCUUCAGCAAGCCUGACUCGGACCGCUUCGUCUUCCUGCUGUGCACCCGGGCAGGCGGCCUGGGUAUCAACCUCACCGCAGCCGACACCUGCAUCAUCUUCGACUCAGACUGGAACCCGCAGAACGACCUGCAGGCACAGGCGCGCUGCCACCGGAUCGGGCAGAGCAAGGCCGUGAAGGUCUAUCGCCUCAUCACCCGCAACUCCUACGAGCGCGAGAUGUUCGACAAGGCCAGCCUCAAGCUGGGGCUGGACAAGGCCGUGCUGCAGUCCAUGAAUGGGCGCGAGGGCAGCAUCGCCGGGAUCCAGCAGUUCUCAAAGAAGGAGAUCGAGGACCUGCUGCGCAAGGGGGCCUACGCUGCCAUCAUGGAGGAGGACGAUGAGGGCUCCAAGUUCUGCGAGGAGGAUAUUGACCAGAUCCUGCUGCGCCGUACGACCACUAUCACCAUUGAGAGUGAGGGAAAGGGCUCCACCUUCGCCAAGGCGAGCUUCGUGGCCUCGGAGAACCGCACAGAUAUCGCCCUGGAUGACCCCAACUUCUGGCAGAAAUGGGCCAAGAAAGCGGACCUGGACCUGGACCUUCUGAACAGCAAGAAUAACCUGGUGAUCGACACGCCGCGGGUGCGGAAGCAGACCCGGCACUUCAGCACCCUGAAGGACGACGACUUGGUGGAGUUCUCGGACCUGGAGAGCGAGGACGAAGAGCGGCCGCGCUCCAGACGUCAUGACCGCCACCACCCCCUGCACCACUCAUACGGGCGUACGGACUGCUUCCGCGUGGAGAAGCACCUGCUGGUCUAUGGCUGGGGCCGCUGGCGAGAGAUCCUGUCCCACGGGCGGUUCAAGCGGCGCCUGUCGGAGCGGGACGUGGAGACGAUCUGCCGUGCCAUCCUGGUCUACUGCCUGCUGCACUACCGAGGUGAUGAGAACAUCAAGGGUUUCAUCUGGGACCUGAUCAGCCCGGCUGAGAACGGCAAGGCCAAGGAGCUGCAGAACCACUCGGGCUUGUCAAUCCCCGUGCCGCGGGGGCGCAAGGGCAAGAAGGUGAAGUCCCAGAGCACUUUUGAUGUCCACAAAGCCGAGUGGAUCCGCAAGUACAACCCUGACACGCUCUUCCAGGACGAGAGCUACAAGAAGCACCUCAAGCACCAGUGCAACAAGGUGCUGCUGCGAGUGCGAAUGCUGUACUACCUGCGCCAGGAGGUGAUUGGGGACCAGGCCAGCAAGGUGCUGGCUGGUGCUGGUGCCAGCGAGAUCGACAUCUGGUUCCCGCUGGUGGAGCAGCUGGAGGUGCCAACCGGCUGGUGGGACGCUGAGGCCGACAAGUCCCUGCUUAUUGGGGUCUUCAAGCAUGGCUACGAAAAGUACAACACGAUGCGAGCUGACCCUGCUCUCUGCUUCCUGGAGAAGGCCGGGCGCCCCGAUGACAAGGCCAUCGCUGCGGAGCACCGCCUGGAUGUGGGGGAGGGGGCGGAGUUUGACAAAGACUGCGAGGACCCUGAAUACAAACCGCUGUCCGGGCCAGCCAAGGAGCAGGAUGAUGAGGCUGAUCCCCUGAUGCUGCUGGACGAGGAGAUCUCGGUGGUGGAUGGGGAUGAAGGCCAGCCGGCCCAGCCUGGGCACCUGUUCUGGCCGCCGGGCUCGGUACUCACGGCCCGCCUGCGGCGCCUCAUCACCGCCUGCCAGCGGAGCUACAAGCAGGAGCAGCUGAAGAUGGAAGCCGCAGAACGGGGGGACCGGCGGCGCCGGCGCUGCGAGGCAGCUUGCAAGCUCAAAGAGAUGGUGCGCCGCGAGAAGCAGCAGCGGUGGACGCGUCGGGAGCAAUCAGAUUUCUACCGCGUGGUGUCCAGUUUUGGGGUGGAGUACGACCCUGACACGCUGCGUUUCCACUGGGGCCGCUUCCGGGCCCUGGCACGGCUCAACCGCAAGACAGAUGAAAGCCUCACAAAGUAUUUCCAUGGGUUUGUGGCCAUGUGCCGGCAGGUGUGCCGGCUGCCCCCGGCCGCCAGCGAUGAGUCCCCAGACCCCACGCUGUUCAUCGAGCCCAUCUCGGAGGAGCGGGCCUCCAGGACGCUGUAUCGCGUGGACCUGCUGCGCCGUCUGCGGGAGCAGGUCCUGUGUCAUCCGCUGCUGCAGGAGCGCCUGGCCCUGUGCCAGCCACCAGGCCCCGAGCUGCCCACCUGGUGGGAGUAUGGGCGGCACGACGGGGAGCUCCUGCAGGGGGCAGCACGCCAUGGGCUGAGCCAGACCAACACCACCGUCAUGCAGGACCCCGACUUCUCCUUUCUGGCCGCCCGCCUCAGCUACUUGCAUGGCCAGGCUGGGAUGCCUCAACCCCCUGCAGGGGGUGCUGGAGCUGCCACAGCCUCCCCCCUGCCCCCCACGCCCGAGCUGCCGACCCCGCUGCUGCCUGUGCUUCUCCCCAAGCCUGACUCGGCUGAUGACUCGGACUCCGAGCUCGACCUGGGGAAGCUCUCGCCCUCCACGUCUGGGUCGUCGUCGUCCUGCUCAGAGGACAGCGACGACGAGAGGGGCACCAUGCCGUGCGGGGGCAAGCUGUCCGAGGAGGAGGAGUCGUCCUUGCUCUCCCUGCCCACCUCCCAGGAGGGCGACUCUCCCCAGCCCACUGCCCCGGAGCUGCUGCUGCAGGAGCGGCAGCGUGCCCACGAGUGGCCCAAGGACCGGGUGCUCAUUAACCGCAUCGACCUGGUGUGUCAGGCUGUGCUGUCGGGGAAGUGGCCCUCAAGUCAGCGCAGCCAGGAGCUCUGCGGGGUCCAAGGGGGAGACCUUGCCCCUCGGCUGCCAGGUGACUAUGCCAGUUCGCCUGCUCCCCAUGCCUGCCCCCAGGAGGAAGCGCCAGCCCUGUACACCCGUCUCCGGCACAGCCCCGAGGAUAAGGAGUUCACUGUGCAGAUCAAGGACGAGGAGGGGAUCAAGCUGACGUUCCAGAAGCAUAAGCUGAUCCCCAAUGGCACUCUACAUGAGCGGCACCCGCACCCACUGGGCCACAAGAAGAGCAGCAAAAAGCUGGUGGAGCUGGAGCUGCAGUGCUUGGAAGGGCUGCGGGGCCCCGACAUCGACCUGGAGGCACGGAUCCCAGUGGUGCACAAGGCCAAUGGGACAUUGCUAGUGGGGGAGGCAGCCCCACGCCGAGCUGAUCUGGAGGCCUGGCUACAUGCACACCCUGACUUUGCCAUUGACCCCCGCUUCCUGGCUGGCUUCAUGACUGACCCUGUGAUGAGCCGACUGUUGCCAGGGCCAUUGGAAUCCGAUGGGGGCCUGAAACAGCCACGGGGUCGCCAGGCUGGUGUGGAGCUGUCCAAGAUGGUAUCCCUGAUGGGCGGGGCCGGGCGGGGCCAGCUGGGGGUUAUGGGGCCUCUGUCUUUACAUGGCCCCUUCCAGCCUGGACCAGCCCCUGGCUCUUCCCUGCCAUACAUGCCCUUCCCUACAGCUUCCUCCUCUGGAUCCCUGCUGCACUCAGGGUUGGGCCAUGGCAGCUAUCCCCCAGGCCCGCACAUGCACCUGGGCUCCCUGGGGCACCCGCAGCCUGAAGAGGAAGAAGAGGAUGAGGAAGAGGAGAUAGACAACUUAUCUCAGGGCUAUGCCAGUUCAGAACAGGACUUCUCCCUGCUCGAUGACCCUAUGAUGCCAGCCAACUCAGACUCCAGUGAUGGUGCUAAUGACGGAGGCAACUGAGCUGAACAGACCAAAGGGGGUACUGGAACUCACUAUGUGGGGGAUGGCUGGAGAGACCCUAUCAUGGGCCCUCAGCAUCCAUCAAACAAUCCUCUUCCCUUGCUGGGGGUCAGUAUACAGAGUUGGGGGGACUCUGCCCUGACCUGGGGUGAUGGGAAUGGGCACAGAGCCUGUCCUGGGGCAGGGGAGCCUCCUUGGGCUUGAUGUAUGUGGGCUUGGCCAGUAAAACUGCAUCCCAGCAUGAGGCAUCAGCUGGGGUCACCUCCCAACCUGUGGCAUUAUCGGCCAGCGUCUAUCCCUGCUCCUUACUUGGCCUUCAGGGGGUGGCAGCCCCUAUUCUUAGCCCCAGCUGUGCAGGGCCCAAUGCUGUAUUGUAGGGGGGAGGGGGGCUAUAUUUAUAUAAAUAUGUAAUAUGUCUUGUGUAAUAGGGCAAGGGUGGGGAGGAGAUGCUGCA